AUGGGGAAAAAGAUACAAGAGAGCAGACUAAGCUCGCGCGGCGCGCACGCCACCACCACGCCGGUGGCGGCCCACGCCGACGAGCUCACGACGCAACCGGCGCCGCCACUGACGCACUCUGACGCGGCGACAAGGGCGACGGCGCCUGCGCCCACGACGACGGGCAAGGCGACCGUGCCGGCGACGACGACGGUGGCGCCGCGGCGCGCGCGCGCGCGGAACUGCACGCCGCCGGCCAUCCAGCAGUUCCCGCGGCCGCUGAUGGGGCCUGCCGCGCGCAAGGACGGCGGCCUCAUCCUGCACAUCAUCGUCGCCGUCUACACCUUCCUGGGGCUCGCCAUUGUCUGCGACGACUACUUCGUCUCCUCGCUAGACCGCAUCUGCGAGGAGCUGAAGCUGUCCCCCGACGUGGCGGGUGCCACCUUCAUGGCCGCCGGGUCAUCUGCGCCAGAGCUGGCCACUGUCGUCAUCGGUGUCUUCUUCGCCAAAGACGACAUCGGUGUUUCGGGCGUGAUCGGCUCGGCCGUCUUCAACAUCAUGUUCGUGAUCUCGGUGUGCGCGCUGUGCGCCGGCGCCACGCUGCACCUCAACUGGUACCCCAUGGUGCGCGACUGCAUUUUCUACUCUCUCGCCAUCCUCAUGAUGCUCGUCUCCAUCUACAAUGAAAGCAUUACCUGGAUCGAGUCCUUCACGAUGCUGGUGAUGUAUGGGGCAUACUGUGUGGUGCUGCACUACAAUGCACGACUGGAGCGCUGGGCCCAGACACUGCCAGUACCCUGUCGUGUGCAGGCUCCAGAAGAGGAGUCUGCACUCGUAUCUUACCGACAUCUAGAGGAGGAUCGCUCUCGCCGACCAUCUUACACCAGCCCACAGCAGUCAAUGGACAAGCAGCAACUGAGCUUCAGUACAACGAAUCAGGGACAGUCACCAAUUCAGCAAGAGUACUCAACUGACAUGGAGAAAGGCCCAACUCCACAGCAGCAGGAGUUGCAGCAGCCAACAGGAGGGCCACCACCUGUGCCUCCACCUCCAGCAGCAAUCCCACCAACCACUGACUACUACAAACCUAAGGACUACAAUGUUCCUGAUGUUUCUCCAUUAGUUAUGCCAACUGAUGCAGGAAUGUGGGAAAAGAUUUCAUGGGGAGUAACUUUACCCAUCCAUGCAUUCUGUCGCGCAACCAUGCCAGACUGCAGGAAAGAGAAAUGGCGUCACUGGUACCCUUUUACAUUCCUCGUGUCAAUGGUUUGGAUCUCAUUUUACUCUUACAUAAUGGUCUGGAUGAUCACAAUUAUAGGUAGUACACUUGGGAUACCAGACACAGUGAUGGGUCUGACUUUCAUGGCAGCUGGCGUUAGUGUCCCUGAUGCACUCUCCAGCUUGGCAGUUGUCAAAGAAGGGUAUGGUGAUAUGGCAGUUUCAAAUGCAGUGGGCAGUAAUGUGUUUGAUAUACUGAUCUGUCUUGGGCUUCCAUGGUUUAUGCAGACUGCAAUUAUAAAUCCAGGUAGCACAGUUAAUGUCUAUAGCAAAGGUCUUACAUAUUCAACUUUGUCUCUGCUGUCAACUGUUGUAUUUCUAGUGGUUACAACCCAUCUUAAUGGUUGGAAACUUGACAAGAAGUAUGGUGUCAUUCUGAUGGUAUGGUAUUUGUUGUUCAUCACUUUCGCCAGUUUAUAUGAACUUAAUGUAUUUGGGUAUAUGAACCCACCAGAAUGUCAUAGUGACUUCUGAAUUCAGUUUCCUAUAGCAUUACAGCUUUGCAAAACGCUGAAUUGUUAUAAAAUACAGAUGUGUUCAGAAUUAACUGUCAGAGAUGGGAGGUGUCUGACAUGUAAGAAACUAAAUAUAUGAUCUGUUUAAUUUAUAUAGGAAUAGAGUCUUGUAUUGAGUAUUUAAGAAUGAAUGGUAAAUGUUGUUUACUUUUUUAAAUGACAUAGAGGCUAUAAGAGUUGUUUACUCUUAAUAAUUUAUACCAAGUUGAAGAGCCACUCUUGUGCAUAGAUAAUAGAAAAAUUAUAUAGCAGAAAAGCCAUCUGAUGACUAUUCAUUCUUAAGCUUCCAAACGAGACAGAAUAAGAAUGAUGAUUGCUUUGGCCUAAUUCUGCAGCGACUUCAUAUUGAGCCGAAAUUUUGUGUGUGUGUGUGUGUGUGUGUGUGUGUGUGUGUGUGUGUGUGUGAUCUUGUUGUAUGGCUCUGUGUUGUGUUUUUGCUGACAGUUAUAUUACAAAGUCACACUGUGUGUUCAAGUGUGUUAACAAAUUGUAACACAAGCCAUAAAUGCUUAGACAUAGAACUUGAAAACUUUUUGAUGUAUCAGUUCACUGACAGCAUUGGCUAAUGAAGCUGACAGCCUGCAUCAUCUGAAAAAAUUGUAUCACUUACUAGACAAUUUUUCAAUGUGUAAAAAACAAAAUAUUUUGUAAAGAUGUUAUAAAACCAGGACACACAACUUAACAAAUAUUUGGGAAGUGAUAGUGUUGUUUAUAAUAAUGAUAUACAUGUUAUUUGAUGGUUUCUGACAGUUUAUCACAAGAAGAUUGAUUUGAAACAAAUAACACACAGAGCUAUAUGGCUCUUAUCUCGCACAUAAGCUGUUACUGUUGGAAAUACUAUUUAAAGAAAAAAUACAAAAAAAUUGGAUAUUUUUGAGGUUAGUUGGUUGUUGAUGUAAAUACAAAGAAAAACUGUAGAACUAAUUUGAUAUGAAGUGUGAGAAUGACAGGAUAGAUUUUGUUUAGAAAAAGAUAUGUGGUCAAAUAAACUGUAUGUACAACAUAUGACAAUAAUUAAAGCCUUAUUGUAAUACUUGUCCUGUUACCUUAAAG